AAAUCCCGUAUGAAUGCAAAGAAGUACGAACCCCGUAUCAUAUUAGUGUUUCUGAAUUGUGACUUGUGAGAGAGAUGGGAGCGAGCAGCGAUCCGACUCAGGAUGCCUCCGAUGAGCAGCAGAAGCGAUCGGAAAUCUACACCUACGAGGCUCCCUGGCACAUCUACGCCAUGAAUUGGAGCGUUCGCCGCGACAAGAAGUACCGUCUCGCCAUUGCUAGCCUUCUCGAGCAGUACCCUAAUCGUGUCGAGAUCGUCCAACUCGACGACUCCACCGGAGAGAUCCGCUCCGAUCCUAAUCUUUCCUUUGAGCACCACUACCCUCCCACUAAGACCAUCUUCAUUCCCGACAAGGACUGCCAGAAGCCCGACCUGCUCGCCACCUCUAGCGAUUUUCUCAGGGUUUGGAACAUCUCCGAUGAUCGCGUUGAGCUCAAAUGUCUACUUAAUGGGAAUCGGAAUAGUGAGUUCUGUGGACCGCUCACCUCCUUCGACUGGAACGAGGCGGAGCCCAAGCGGAUCGGGACUUCCAGUAUUGAUACCACUUGUACCAUCUGGGAUAUUGAGAGGGAGACGGUGGAUACCCAGCUUAUCGCUCAUGAUAAGGAGGUUUUUGAUAUUGCUUGGGGUGGCGUCGGAGUUUUCGCCUCUGUUUCUGCUGAUGGCUCGGUUAGGGUUUUUGAUUUGCGCGAUAAGGAGCACUCGACGAUUAUCUAUGAGAGCUCCGAGCCCGACACUCCUCUUGUUCGGCUCGGUUGGAACAAACAGGAUCCUAGGUACAUGGCUACUAUCAUCAUGGACAGCGCCAAGGUCGUGGUGCUCGACAUCCGCUUCCCUACUCUCCCAGUGGUGGAAUUGCAGAGGCAUCAGGCCAGUGUCAAUGCUAUUGCGUGGGCGCCCCAUAGUUCUUGCCAUAUUUGCACUGCUGGCGAUGAUUCACAGGCCCUAAUCUGGGAUUUGUCAUCCAUGGGGCAGCCUGUGGAAGGGGGAUUGGAUCCGAUUCUGGCAUACACUGCGGGGGCAGAAAUCGAGCAGCUGCAGUGGUCCUCCUCCCAGCCCGAUUGGGUCGCAAUUGCCUUCUCGACUAAGCUUCAGAUACUGAGGGUUUAAGCUCCUGGAAAUGCAAUUGAUGGAUCUUCACCCCUUUGGCAGUGGACAAGUGCAGAGGGGCAGAAAACUAGAUUAAUGUCCUAUUUAUGAUUAAGUCAAUUUGCUUCUCUACCCUCUAGAUAGAGGUGCUCUAACAAAUUUUGAAAUAUUCAGAAGAUUCCAUCAAGUGAAGAAGCUCAGGAGGUAAAGAUUGUUGUCCGUGCACCACCACCACCACCGCCAAUAACUGCUGCUUGCUGGCAACUGCUGAUCUAAUCUCACAAGGUGUUUCCCAGAACAUGUUAAUCAAAACUCUUCUUUUUAUAGGCAUAUGUGCCAUGGGGAUCAAAACAUUUAGCUGUUAUAAUCUUGACUAACUUUUCUUUUAUCUUAGGGUGGAAGACCGUCAAACCUCUUUACAUGUACCAUGCUCACCCAUUAACUUUAUGUUAAUCCUGUGUUAGAUAUGCUUUUGUAAAGUGCCCAUUAUGUUAAGAUGGAAUAUGAUUGCAGGCAUAACUCUUUCUUUCCCUCUUCUUUAAUAUGAAUUAGAUGCAUUAGUCUUUGUAUAA